GUUGAUGUCAAAUUUGUCAAAUUCGGGAGAACUUUGUGCUGCAUAUUUAUUUUGUUGAUCUUGUGUUAAGAAUUUUAUCUUUCUGAAAUUAGGUAACUUAAUCGAAUUAAUUCAAUAAUCAUGCCCAAAUCAGACGAAAACGAAGAUUGGAUUGAGAAGAUGGAGGAUCUUUGUUCUAAUUUAAACGUCGAUUCAUCAGCUGCGAAGAAAUCGAAAGAUUCUUUUUCAGAAAUAAAACGAAAUUAUAUACUAGAUGGUGAUGAAUUACAUUGGAUGGCAUGCGCAUUGUAUGUGGCUUGUAGGACAUCGGUCACUCCUACAGUGCAAACAGGAAAAGUGGUGGAAGGGAACUGUGUCAGCCUGACAAAACUUUUGAGAUUAUGUAAUCUAAGCUUAAUUCAGUUCUUCAUCAAAAUAAAAAACUGGAUGGAGAUGGCCUCAAUGUCUACAGAUUUUAAAGAAAGGAUAUCUCGUUUGGAACACAAGUUUGCAGUCUCUUCAGUACUCUUCAGGAAGUUCCAACCGAUUUUCAUGGAACUGUUUGUUGGGUUAACAAAUGAGCCUGUAAAACAAGUCUCGAAGAGAAGACCAAAACUGCAACCAUGUUCAACAAAUGCCUUGUUUGAGUUUACAUGGUGUUUGUACAUUUGUGUGAAAGGAGAAUUCCACAAUUCUGCUAAUGACUUAGUAGAUAUGUAUCACAUAUUACUAUCAUGUUUGGAUUAUAUAUUUGCCAAUGCAUUUAUGGCCCGAAGGGUAGACAUUAUUAAUCCUGAAUUUAAAGGAUUACCUACAGAUUGGACUAAAAAUGAUUUCAAAAUGCCAAAAACUCCUCCAUGUGUAAUUUCUACUUUAUGUGAGAUCAAGGAUGGCUUAUCGAAAGAGGCAACCACCAUGAAAGAAUAUAGCUGGAAACCUGUUAUUGAUUCUUUUUUUGAAAAAGGGAUACUGAAAGGCAAUAAUAGUGAGCCUACGCUUGGAAUUCUAGAUUUGGGAGUGUUUGAUGUAAAUCUUAAAUCACUGAACAACUUGUAUGAAACAUAUGUUCUCAGUGUAGGAGAAUUUGAUGAAAGGAUUUUUUUAGGCGAACAAGCAAAUGAACAAAUUGGAAUGAAGAACAAAGUGUCUGGUGAUGAGAUCUCAGAAGUAAUAGCUAAUUUCGGUCCUGUUCCUAUUCAAGAAAAUGUAUGGAUACUAUCCGUUCUUGUAUUCAUCACUUUAUGUGACUGGUCCACUACACCGUCUAGACGAUACCUACAGUACUGCAUAGUGGGCGCCGAAGGUCUGGCUUCGCCGGUACCCGUCCCAUCAAUUUCGUCCCCGGAAAUUUCUCGAAGGACUUCGUCUUGGGAGAUACACAGAGGACGGCAUACAGGACACACCUUCCUGCGUCUCACCACCGGGUUGACAGCCAAGCACAAGACGCACCCGCAGUCGGAACCCAACAGUCCCUAUAGGAACUGA